GUUAGAUUAGUACUACUUCAAAAUUAUUAUAAGUUGUUUAUCAUUUCACAGUGGAUUUACGUAAAGUUCUGUUGUGUUUUGUUCCCAAUUGGGGAGAAUUUGUUUUCUUUUCGAUUGGACUUGGAUUAUUCGUGCAUCUAAAGUGAACUAGAGAUAAAUACACAGGUAGGUGAAUCAUGGCUACUUGUAUAUACUCGAAUAAUUCGAAGGAGAGAGUUGUCCAGCAGCUCAGUGAAGUUUUUGGGGCCACAGUGAAUUCUGAUGUCAUCAAAACUGUAGCUGUGUCCUUUGAGUAUGAUAUAACAAGAUCGUCCGCCAAACUGCUGGAAAUAUCGAGACAACCCUCAGAAGAAUCUUGGAAGAAAAUGUAUGACGUAACUGAUCUGACCUUUGCUUUGCCUAGGCCUGUAUCUGUGAUGCCCCCCGCGAGAAAAUCUAAGAAAGCCAUGGAUUUCGAAAGAGCCGUAGAUGAUAUCAACAAGGGAUACAAGGUGAUGGUUAUACUGCGAGGUAUGCCGGGCUCGGGGAAGAGUUACCUCGCUCGCAAAGUACUCCAGUCGACAAUUGGCUACGACCAAAACCACCCGCUGCAUAUCCUGAGCGCCGACGACUUUUUCUAUCAACGCCGAACAGGUUUCUACGACUACGAUGUCAGGAAGAUCGAAGAGGCUCAUACUUGGAAUCAGAAGAGAGCCACCCAAGCAUUGACUAGGUCCUUCAGCCCCGUGCUAAUCGAUAAUACCCACACACGGAUGUGGGAGAUGAGGCCUUACGCAGCCAUGGCGACCAAGUACGGAUACCUCAUCCAUAUCUUGGAACCGGACACUCACUGGAGCUUCAACGACAAGGAACUGGCGAAACGCAACAGCCACGGCGUUCCUAGAGUAAAGAUAAAAGAAAUGAUAGAUCGGUACGAGAAGAAUAUAACUCCUGAAAAGUUGCUGAGCGCCUUCGGUUUCGUUUAUGAGCAGCAAAGACCUCCUCAGAUACGAUUGUACCCCCCACCUGAUUUUAACAUUUCGCCUGUGAAAAGUUCCUACAAGAAAAGUGAAACAGAGAUGCCUAAAAGAGAACCUGCCGUGACAGCUGUCAGUUCGAAAGAGGUCGAGACUAUUAAUUUGAUGGAAUUCGACGAUGACGUCCCGACCAAAUCGAGUUCCCAGCCCAAAUUGGAGAACGCAGGGUGGACCAACAAUAACCCCUGGACCACCGUACCCGAACCUUCCCAAGCUAGUACGAUGGAAGUAACUGUUUUAAGCAGUGAUGAAGAAUCACCCCCAAAGGGCCCAAUUAGCGGCGUGCCGGACAUCGAACAAAUGUGGGGAGUGAACGAAAGCUCGCUGUUUUCUUGGGAUAUCGUUAGACCCCUGGAAGUCGAGGCUGCCCCGAGAACUAACACAGAACCCUCCCGGGCCAAGCCGGUGGUGGAAACCAGAGAUUCCUCUAGCAACACCUCGGAUGAGGACUUCGAGAUGUUGCAAAGCGGAUACAUGACUCCCGGACUCCACGGGAACGUAAGGGUCCUGAUAGCGAUGAACCGGAACAUCAACCUUUAUACCCUGAACAACUACAUGGUAAAGCCAGCAAUACCUAAGAUUGUUAUGUUAGACAAGAGUUGCAUGACCGACCAUUAUAACAAAGACUUUGACAGCCACAUAUUGCAACUGAUGAAUAUGUUCCCCCACACACCAAAAACCCAUCUAACCUACUGGUACAACAAAUACAAGGGGGAUUUGGAAUAUACCAUCGAGUUCCUCCUAGACGUAAAGGAGGAAGUGACGUCGUUGACAGCCGAAGAUAUCAACGCCUCGAGUCGAGAAGAAGUGUCGAAUGUACACGUGGGUACCGACAGCGAUGUUACGGAUGCCUCCAGCAGCGGCAGCAGCGAGAACAAACCGAAGAAGAGGAAAAGCAGGAAAAAUAAGAGGAUGUCGGUGGAAAUUGAUCAAGUGAAGAAGCUCAUCGAGAGCAAAGUAGACAUAAGUGGCGAACAUUACUCGGAGAAGCUAUUGAGGGUGAAGAACUUCAAGUUCGGAGUGGAUGACAUCCGCGUGGGUUCUGACCCGGCUCCGUCUACCCCUCCCAGAAAUAGUUCCUCCGAGGGAUCUGACGAGAUCAUUGUCAUCGAUUCCGAUUUGGAACUCGACGAAGUCAACGCAGAAGGCUCAAAGGAUGAAAUUAUAGAGCUCAAUAUCGGCGCGAACUUCGCGUCUCAGCUGGAGAACCUUUUCGGAGACCCCAACCUGCCGUACCCCCAGGGUCUUCAGCCUGUCGUUCAGGUCCCCCGCUCUCUGGCCAGACAGCUGUACACGUUUUACGUCGAGAGCGUGUACCAGCAAAUGGAAACUCAAAAACACGUCUUGGAGAUGCUCUUGAAGGAGGACGAGGAGUUCGCUAGGAAGUUGCAAAGGGAAGAAGAUCAACAUCGCGACGAAGCGGAGGCCGUUCCGAGUUUGAGGCAGAUCAUGGAGGAUCAGCAAGCGUCGCGGGACGCUUACAGGAAGGAGUCUGAGAAGUGGAGAAGUCUGAACCCCGACAACUUGGCCGCUAUGCUCACCAGGCAGAAGUUGUUUGGAGCUUUUCCUACCGUCGCCCAAGAUGUUCUCCUCGAAGUUCUCUAUGCACACAAUAAUAAUUAUAAGGAGACCGUGGAGACUUUGCUGGCUUCAACGGGAUACGACAAUGUCAGUGGCAGUAUCGAGCAAGUUAAAGAGCCACCAAUAAGAGAAGAAGUUGUGCAAGAAAUGAAGAUGGCGCAACAGAUUAACGGUAGCGAGGAAUAUGAAGAUCGACAAGAAGCUUCGUUCUACCGUGCAGAAGCCAGCAAAUACCUCAAGAGACGUGCCGAGCUGUUCGAAAAGGCCCAACAGUACCACCGGCGCGGCAUGACGGAAGUGGCGCAGUUCUACUCUGGCUUGGCGAGCCUCCAAACCGAAUACUCGGUGAGGGCGAACGAAAUGGCAGCCACGGCUUUAUUGGACGAACACUCGAGGCGACUGCAAGAUUUCAAUACGCUCGAUCUACAUUUCUUGUACGUGAAGGAGGCCAUCCCUGCGCUGGACGUGUUCUUGGACAGGAACAUAAAUUUGCUGAAGCUGAGCGAACAGAGAAACCACGAGUAUUUGCAGAUAAUAACGGGCCGUGGAAAUAGGAGCGAAAACGGGAUAUCCAAGAUCAAGCCGGUCGUUAAGGCCAGGCUGAAGGAACGAAAAAUCGCUUUUGUGGAGCUAAAUCCAGGAUUGUUGAAAGCGAAGAUCACCAAAUCUUCUAAGGUUACAAGCGAAUUGACCAGAACCUGAUGACAGGUACAAAUAUUUUUAUACAAAAAUAAAAUUUGUUACGAAAGAUUUGCUCAAAAUUUUAUUUUUAUUGUAAUAUUAGGGUGUUGAGUGUGAUUUGUUGUACGUGCAUUAUCUUCAAUUUUCGACUGUGGCACCAUUUUCUUCCCUGAAUUUCAUCAUCGGAAACGAGAGAAGUUCCUGAUUUAACUCCACUUUGGGAUAAGUCGAGAAAAUUCAAGUUUUUUCGCGAAAUAAACGUUUAUUUGUAUCUACCGAAACAUCAGUUGAAUAAAAAACACUUGAAUUGUC